UGGAGGGCCGUGCGGGCUCCUGGCUAUGGUGGUAGAGUGGCACAAGGAGCCGGGGUGUGUCUGCUGGUUCUCCUGCUCUACCUGGUGCUGGCUCUGCCCCACACUGUGGCCCACUGGUCAUCUGCCAAGGGCCUGAUACUCAAUUUCCUGGAGUGGUCAGAACAGUUCCGCUCUGUCCUCCUCUUCUGAGCUCUUCCCACUUUAGACGGUCGCAACUCUUGGUAGCUGCAGCCACUCUUUUGGUGGAUUUGUGUAUCAGGCAAAUACCUAGGCUACCUUUUCCUUACGGUUGUAUUUUAGAGACCAAUGGCGUGCUUUGUGUUUCAGUGCCCCGCCCUCUCUUUUUUCAGUUUACACUUUGUACAUACGACUAACUGGAAAUUGACUUUCACUGAUUUGUCAUACAAAUGGGCCUACGUAUAUAUUUUUUGCAGUGGAAAAACGUCUAUUGAUACUGCAAAUAUUUUUUCUCUACAACUGUACACACCCUCAGUUGAGUGCAUAGACUUUUCUUUGCUAAUUCGACACAAUUUGUGU